AUGUCUUUUGCUACCAACCAAAUUAUUAUUUGUGUCUGUCUUCUCAUGACAAAUAUCAACUGCGCCUAUAACCAAUAUGGAAGGCCAUACUAUGCAUCGCAAGGUAAUAAUCUGAACACUGCGCGAUUAUACAACAAUGGUGGAUUAAAUCCAGUUGUACCAUCACGAGUCGAUUUUGAUGUGGACUUUCAUGUAACGGGCCAACCACAUGUUAAUGCACAUGAAUAUGUUAGCGCGUUUCCAGUGAAUGUCGACGGACGCGUGAAUUUUCAUGCUUCUGAGGGUUUAGGAUACGAUGGUCAGAAUCAUUAUCAGUAUCCGCCACCAUUACCGGUUCCUGGUCCUACCACUUAUAAUUAUAUGCCGUAUGGACCACCACCUAUUCCAAUGUAUCCUGGAUACGCGUACCAACAACCACCAGUAUACCCGCCAAAUGUGUAUCAACCGGGAGGUAUGGCUGGGUUUCAUGCACAUGAGCAAAUGCCACCGUAUAAUGGAAACAUGAACUACAGACCGAUGAAUGUCUAUCGACAGCAGGAUCAACCAAUGGCUGAUGGUAAUAUCGGUACCUCAAUGGCCAGAGGCAUAGUACAAGGACUGCAAUCGUUUGCUAGAAUGGUAUACCAACAACAAGAGAGGUAUUGGAAUGCGGUAUCAUCACUUGAUGGUAACGUUGGUCGAGAUGCUACUACAGUAGAUGAAACUGGUGGACUGCGAGGCGAUUUAUCUAAUCUAUACGUUUUUGAACGAACGCCAUUAGUACAGACAAACACGAAGUUUACGGUCAUACCAAUCGAUAUUCUUUCAGAUUUUUAUGUGUCGAACAAAAAGUUCGUUGAGUUUGUCAAACUUCAAGCAUCAAAAAUGCCCAUAACGAAGAGUCUGUUACUUCGUGACGCUGGCGCAUCAUCUUCGGCUAGGAUCGGUAAUAUUAAACAUGCUGUGAGAUCCUUCCGUGAUCAAGCUAUGAAUGAAGGA